GGUGCGUUGGAUGAGGAGACUAUGGCCAUGAUGGAAGCACCAAGAUGCUCCAUACCCGAUGUGGAUAUCAGUGAUGGGAGAGUCAAAAGAUAUUAUCCCGUUACAAAAUGGAAAAAUUUUACUUUGGACUAUAAAAUAUUCAACUAUCCGUCAAAAGUUUUGAACCUGACUAUUUCAGACGUGGACCGCAUCAUAAAUGAAUCUUUGAAAUUGUGGUCUGGUUCGGCUAAAAAACUUUCCUUCCCACUUUCUGCAUCUGAUAAAGCUACCAUAAAAGUUAAGUUUGCCAAAAAAAACCAUGGUGACAAUGCCCCAUUUGACGGACCGGGUCAUAUAUUGGGUCAUGGCUCUUAUCCUCCAAUCGGAGACAUCCAUUUCGAUGACGAUGAAACUUGGAGUGGUAAUCAAGAAAAAGGUGCCAAUUUAUUCUGGGUAGCCGUCCACGAGUUUGGACACGUUCUAGGCCUGGGUCAUUCAAAUGAUACAGCAGCCCUGAUGUACCCUUAUUUCGUUUCAAACAAGGCAAUUAUCUCAUUGGGUUCAGAUGACGUGGCUGGAAUUUUGCAUCUUUACGCUUAA